AAAUGCCUUCUUUGGUCGAAAAUGAAGAUCCUCAACAAAAUAAAGAAGUCGCCGAAUGGAUGCGUUUUGGUAUGCGUUUGGGUGUGAGUGCCGCACUACAUCCAUUGGAGUAUUCCAAGGUAUUGAUACAAUUGGGCUAUGAGCCAAUUGCUGCUGUGCCUGGGCGUUCAAUUUUGGGUCGUCCCAUAAUGGUGUUGCCGAAUAUCUUUCAAUAUGCUGGUCAUAUACGUAAACUUGAUGGCUUCUAUGGCUGUUAUCGUGGUCUAACUCCCAAACUGGUGGGUUCCAUUUGCAGCAUGGUGUUGAGUGAAAAAAUUGCCGAUCGUUUGGGCCUGAAACCAUUGGAAGAGACCAAAGAUGAUGUCAAUCUAAGUGAUGAGGAGCUUUACUUCCAUUUCAAACACAAUCUUAAACGCGAUAUUGUGCUCAGUGUAUCGGGCAUUAUUGUAUCACAUCCGUUCCAUGUCAUAUCGGUGCGUAUGAUGGCCCAGUUUAUUGGUCGUGAAACUUUAUACAAAUCCAUUUUGGGUUCAAUAGCCGAAAUCUACAAAACCGAAGGUAUUUUCGGUUUCUUUUCUGGCCUUGUACCCAAGCUAUUGUGUGAUGUUGCCUGUUUGGUAUUGACCAGUUCAACGGUAUUUUUGAUUAAUAAAUAUGCCGUUAAAGAUAAAUUGGGUCGCCAAUAUACUGCCGGUUUUACACAGUUUGCAUUUUCCAGCAUUUUAUAUCCUUUGAAUGUGGUAUCCACAUGUAUGGCAGUUACCGGUUCCCGCCUUAUGGCUGGUCAGCCACCAAUUAUGCCGCAAUAUUCUGGUUGGGUGGAUUGUUUCAAUGAUUUGCAGGCCAGAAAUGAGUUGAAGCGUGGUAGUUCAUUGUUCUGGAGGUAA